CACCGAAUGUCGGCCUCAAAAGAAGCAGUGAGCUGGUGUAGGGGAAACAGUAGACGAACAUCCUCUCCGUUAUCAGACCGGUGUUGCCAGCGCAACAAGUGAAUACAACAGGGAAGUUGUCCAUAAGGAUGAUAUUAUGGGAGUACGUGGCCUUUGUGGUCUGGGGAGUCUUAAUGCCCUCACAUGUUGGUGGAAGGGCAGCAUCACAUCCAUUGCCCAUAAGUGAUGGUCCCUUGCCUAAAACGUUGCUGCUUCAUGAAAUUCUUUCAAGACAUAGUCUUCCUCCAGGUAGUAUCUAUAAUUCGAAUUGGAAUCCACCCUUCCAAAAGAGGUUUCCUGAGCUUUAUUUUGCUGGUCUUAUUCACAAGCUAAAGGAAAGAAAAAGAAAUAGAGUAAUUUAUGAAAAACUGCAAAAGCUAAAUGAUUAUGAAGGAAAACGGGGACACAGUCUUCUUCACUUUGGAAAACGAAAUUUUGAUGAAAAAGUAAAAUUAGAUCAUAAACAAGGUGAUUUUCAAUCGUUACCUAGGAGUUUACCGGAAGCUGUUGGUUUACUUUAUGUCAUACUUAAUAAAAUAAACUCUUUAUUAUACCAACCAUACCAGCGAGAAGACCAGAAAAGAGAUGAAGGUCACAAAAUGCUCUAUUUCGGAAAAAGAUCUAUCCUUAAACCUAAAAUCAAAAAAUAUUUCAUGAAUUUUGACCCAAAUUCAUUUGAAGGCUCCCUUUUAGAAAUAAUCAAAAAUGAAGACCUUAAGAAAAAUCUUAUAAAUGCCAAGCAACCUGACAGAAAUGUAUACUUUGAUAAAAAUCAGAAUGACAAGAAGCGACCAGACCAUCAUAUGAUGUACUUUGGAAAGAGAGCUGAAAAAGAAAAGCAACCCGAUCAUCAUAUGAUAUACUUUGGUAAAAGACUUGAUAAAGAAAAGCGACCAGACCAUCACAUGAUGUACUUUGGAAAACGAUUUCAUGAACAAAAGCAACCAGACCAUUACAUGAUGUAUUUUGGAAAAAGAUUUGAUGAAGAAAAGCGACCAGACCAUCACAUGAUGUACUUUGGUAAAAGACUUCACAUCCAAAAGCGACCAGACCAUCAAAUGAUGUACUUUGGAAAACGAUUUCAUGAACAAAAGCAACCAGAUCAUUAUAUGAUGUACCUUAGAAAAAGGCUUAAUAAAGAAAAGCGACCAGACCAUCAAAUGAUGUACUUUGGGAAAAGAAUUGAUGACGAAAAGCGACCUGAUCAUCAAAUGAUGUAUUUUGGUAAAAGAACUGAAGACAAAAACCGACCAGACCAUCAAAUGAUGUACUUUGGGAAAAGAACUGAAGACGAAAAGCGCCCCGAUCAUCAAAUGAUGUAUUUUGGUAAAAGAACUGAAGACGAAAAGCGACCAGACCAUCAAAUGAUGUACUUUGGGAAAAGAAGUAGUGACGAAAAGCGACCCAAUCAUCAAAUGAUGUAUUUUGGUAAAAGAACUGAAGACGAAAAGCGAUUAGACCAUGAAAUGAUGUACUUUGGAAAGAGAGCUGAAAAAGAAAAGCGACCCGAUCAUCAGAUGAUGUACUUUGGAAAGAGGCUUGAAAAAGAAAAACGACCUGAUCACCGUAUGAUGUAUUUUGGCAAAAGAUCUACCCAACAACCCUUACACAAUCAUCGUAUGAUGUAUUUUGGAAAAAGAGUUGAUAAAGAUAAACCAUCCGAGAAACAAACGGUGUAUUUUAGUAAAAAACCCCUUUCCGAAAUUCAGCCUGAUGAUGAAAUGGUGUAUUUUGGUAUAACGUUUGAUGAUGAGAAUCAACCUGAUCUUAGAAUGGUGAACUUUGGGAAAAUGCUUAAUGAAGAAAAGAGGGCCGACCAUAAAAUGAUACAUUUUGGUAAAAGACCUAUCUACGGAAAUGAUGAAGAAGAAAAAUUUGAAGGCUUGCGUAAAAGUCUUUAUAAAAAGGAUGGUCACAAUAUGUUGUACUUUGGAAAAAGAAUGAAGAACUCUGAAAAUCUAGAAAGUCUCAUGAACUCCUUGGUCUAUCUAUAUGAUCAACCUGUCAUAUCAACUGAUGAAAGAUAUAAUUCAAAUGAUAGAAGCUUGUCUAAUCACGAUAUUUCCACUAGUAACAACCAAGGCCUUGUAUCCCAUGACAUGGAACAAACUGAACAACCAUCGCUAAUUCAUGGAAAUAUAGACGAAAAAGAUAAUCUUACAAGAACCAAUUUAGAAGUGAUUCCAAAAGUCAUGAAGUUAUUGAAAGGUUAUGAAACUAGCGCAGAAAAUAAUUUUCAUCUGACAAAGCGUUUAGAAACGCGAUCUGUAAACAACGAAGAAACAAACAAUGUUCAGUCCAAACAAAACAAGUACUUAAUCUCUGCAGAGCAUUUGGGUUUGGCAGUUAAAGGCAGUCCAAACAACGGCAACAGUAAUACUGGGAAAAUAGUUACCAGUGAAGAUCAGAAAGCGUCAAAUCACAAAAGAGUAAAAAGAAGCACGCCAAACCCUGAUGGAACAGUAGCUGACGUCAUGAAUGACUUUACAGGAUAUGAAUUUAUGCCAUAUAACGAGGAAGAAGAUCUCAUUUCGAAAAAGUGGUCAUUUGAAAACCCUGAAUUAUUCCCAACUCGUUCAGCAGGGCCACUUGUACCAGUUCUAACCGAGCAAAUUCAAGAACAAUACCCGAAUCCUCAAUACUACUUUAGAGAAGACAGGGGUACCAACAGGAAAGAUGAGGAACGAAAUGCUUUCUUACACUUUGGCUAAUACUGGACUUUAUAUGAAAUUCCAACGUCCUUUGAGAGCAGACAAAACACACAUUUUUCUUCAAAUAAUUGUUCUCUUAAAUCUUAAACAAAUCAUAAAAUGUAUUGAAAAAGUACUUAAGUUUCUUAAUUAUUCCAUAUGUUCGUGAAAAGAUGAGUACGUUCGAUAACUACAAAUUUCACUUGGCAUUUUUGUUAACUGUGUUCGAGCUACAAAGAACAAAUAUGUAAAAUGUGAUAUUACUGAAAUGAAACGUUUUAUGUAUAAGUGUUUUGAAGUACCAAAAAUGUUGUAUUGCCAAAACAAUGGGAUAGAAAUAGACUAUCUGCAUUAAAUGAAUGUUCUCAA